AUGCUUCACGCGCUUGUGCUCAUCGGCGUUGCGGCCGUGGAGGCGCACCAAACCCGCCCGGCGUUUCGCGCUGGCGUCGCCGCCGGGCAUCGCGCACUGCGACUUCGCGGAGGCUCGUUUGAGGAUGACGCUCGCCUCUCGUGGAACAUGCUGCAGGCAGCGGCGCUGGGCUCUCUCAUCGGCGUUGAGCGGAUUCUGGCCGGUCGACCCGCCGGGAUGAGGACGAUGAGCCUCGUAGCGAUGGGCGCCGCUCUCUUCACUGGCGUGGGGAAGUCGACGUGGGCUGACGGUGGCGCGCGUGCCGCCGCGCAGAUCGCCAGCGGCGUCGGCUUCUUGGGAGCGGGCGUAAUCCGUGCGCGAGACGACGCAGAGACGCACAGUCGCAGGGGUGGGCCACGCGACUACAUUAAGGGGCUGACCACCGCUAGUGCCAUCUGGCUCUCGGCAGGGGUGGGUGUGGCGUGCGGCAGUGGGCACGGCCUCGCGGCAGCAGCGGCGACGUUACUCACGAUACUGAUAAUGGCCUCGCACCGCCUGUGCAUGGACCUCGAAGAGUACUGUCGCGGCUGA